AUCAGAGCAAAAAGAAGAAAUCGAUGGAGGACGGCGCUCUGGCCUUAUGUGUUUUUCGUGCAGGUCCGGUCGCAUGCCGCUCGACGCAUUACGAUGUGUUUCUGAGCUUUCCAGGAGGCUCCGACACCGCUCGUGACUCCCUCCCCGGUCGCCUCCAUGCCGGCCUCGCCGCCGCCGGAGUCUCCUUGUGGGAACCCGACAAAAGCCAGGCGUCGCUGCUACCCGACGCGGCCGUCCGGCAGUCCAAGAUCUGCAUCCCGAUCCUCUCGCAGGAUUACCUGUCCAGCGACCGGUGCCUCCGCGGGCUCGUCCAGAUGAUGGAGGGCAAGAGAAGCGCGCGACAGAUGGUGUUGCCCAUUUUCGACCGAGUGGAGCCCUCUCGCGUGCGAUACUUGACCAGAAGUUUUGAGAUGGUCCGCCAUUCUGACAUCGAGGGAGUGCAGACAGCACUUUUCGAAGUGAGCAUGUUACAUGGAUGGAAGGUCACCGACGGGCGCGAAGAAGAACUAGUGAAGACGGUUGUCCAAACUGUACAGAGAUGCUUACGCCCAGAUUUACAGAAAGUUCCCCAGAUUGCUAGGUACAACGUAUUCUUGAACUUUAGAGGCGCCGAUACUCGCCACGGCAUUGCCUAUGACCUCUACAAUGGCCUCGUGAAUGCCGGAGUUUCUGUUUUCAAAGACGACACCGACCUUCCCAUUGGUGAGGAGUUUGGCUCACAGCUUCUCAGCGCGAUCUCACGGUCCACAAUUUACAUUACGGUGCUCUCGCAAGGUUACGCUUCCAGCAAGUGGUGCCUUCGUGAGGUCACGAAAAUGAUGGAGUGCACAAAAACCAAUGGACACUUGGUCAUGCCCAUUUUCUACGGUGUGGAAUUCAGCGAUGUGCGUUCCGGUCGCGCCUUCCAUUUCCAUGCGAUUCAUGAGUGUGAGAAAGACAUUGCGGAAGCCAAGCGAGCGCUCCGACAUCUUGGCUACUUUGGUGGAUUCCAUGACCGUGAUGGAAGGUACAAACUCACGUCCACGCAUGCCUCGUUUACCAUAUCCGUAUUUCUUGUGUUGUUUGACAGGAUUGAUGAUGGAAAGUUGACCAGAGACGUUGUUCAACAGACGUUGCGAAAGUUGCGGCAUCGGUUUCAACUAGAUGUACCCGAGCAUUUGCUUAGCAUUGAUGAUCGUGUGAAGUCACGUUAGAUCACGAGGUGUUGAAGAUUCAACGCCUCCGCAUGAAUGCUCAUGACAACAUUCGUUAAUUCUUAAAAAGACAAGGUUCAAAUUCUGAUGUCCUCCUCUCAUUCACUGAGUCCUUUCGCGGUUCAGCUAGCGGCGAAGACUUCAAGUUGACAUGCCUGAUGGAGUCAAGUUUAGAGGAUCUGACAAUGUGGGGGUGCGCAUCGAGUUGUUCUGUCGAGCCAAAAGUUAGAAAGUCGGUCUCUUUGAGAGCGUAUUCGUAUCGAUUCGAACGUAUGAUCUCGUGAUAUCGAUAUUCUUCUAUUUCGUUUUCCAUGACCCCAGAUCUUCGAACCAAUCUGGCAAUGCCUCAUCAAUAUGCUUUCCUUCUUUGGAGUAGUUCGAAUUUUGAAGCAAGUUAUCUGCAUCGAUGCGGUUUCAUGGAA